AUGACACUCGCUACCCUUCGCGAGUCUAUUCAGGCAGAAUCGACCGUUCCUCCAACCUCGCAGCACAUCUACCACAACGGCCGCCUAAUUUCGGAUGAUACCCAGACCAUGGAGGAGCUGCAGAUCGUGGAUGGAGAGAUGUUGGCCGUGCACGUCAGAGAUAUGCGAGGAAGCACUGGUGUACCAGAACAACCUCGACGCCCUCAGCCUAGGAGACCAGCCCAGAACGAGCAGGAUCCUGAGCUCAUCCGCCUUCAGGUUCUUGGCCAGCCCGCCCUGAGACAACAACUCCAGUCACAACACCCAGAACUGGCGGCAGCCGUCGACAACCCUGCCCGUUUUGCACAAAUCUUCCAUGACAGUCAGAAUCGAGAGCAACGCGAGCGCCAGGAACGACAGCGGGAGAUCGAGAGACUGAACGAUGACCCUUUCAACGUUGAGAACCAGAGAAAGAUUGAGGAGAUGAUUCGACAGGAGCGAGUCAUGGAGAACUUGCAAAAUGCUAUGGAACACAACCCCGAAGUUCACAUGCUCUACGUUGAUGUAGAGGUAAAUGGCCACCCAGUCAAGGCGUUUGUGGACUCCGGUGCUCAAGCCACUAUCAUGUCUCCCUCAUGUGCUGAGGCCUGUGGCAUAAUGAGACUGAUCGAUACUCGAUUUGCUGGUGUAGCUCACGGUGUCGGAACUGCAAGAAUCAUCGGCCGUGUUCAUUCCGCCCAGAUCAAAAUUGGAAACCUGUUCCUCCCCUGCAGCUUCACUGUCAUGGAGGGCCGAUCAGUUGACCUUUUGCUUGGUCUCGACAUGUUGAAACGACACCAGGCCACUAUUGAUCUGGCUAGAGACAAGCUCAUUAUCCAAGGUGAAAUGAUUCCCUUUUUGGGAGAGGCUGAGAUCCCCAAGGCGGAAGAGGAGGCGGCUGCACAAGAGCCAACUUUGCCUGGUCCCGAUGGCACAGCAAUCGGACAACGUACCGGAGCCGUUGUGCCUCCUGGCCAGCACCAACAGCAGAUCCCUGCCAGACCGCAAGCCGCUCAGUCUGUACCAUCCCCUGCUGCAGCUGCAGCUCCCGCCCCCUCUGCAUCCCAAGCGCGUCCUGCUGCACAGCCUGCCACGACAACAACAAACAUCUCGCCACAAGCGAUCGAGAGCCUUAUCUCGAUGGGUGCCACUCGGGAGCAAGCUAUUCAGGCCCUCCAGGCCGCAGAGGGCGACCCGGAUGUUGCUGCCGGUUUGAUUUUCUUCUAG